ACAUUACCACACAUACAAGCCAGUGGCAGGCCAGUCAAGUAGGCACGUACAGGGGCGGAACUAGUAAGAGGCAUCAUAUUAUAAAUUCCAUAACACGAACACGACACGCAUGCAUAUUAGUGUCCAUAAUUGAGAAUGGAGUGCUUGGUUCUGCCAGUUUCUUUACUGAGACGGCAGUGCAUUCGGACGCGGCUAGGCUACCGGGAGCUGAAAGGCGGAGGUUUCGGGACGUCGGAUGAUCCGGUGAGGGUGGUGGUGGGGAAGGAGAGGAGGGAGUUCUGGGUGGAUCCGUUUGUUUUGGAGGAAAACCCGUUUAGAGUUUUGAUUGAAUUGGUGAAUAGAAAUGAGGGGAGGGGGAGCAAGAAGAGAGUGUUGUUUGUGGAUGUGGAUGCUAUAUUGUUUGAGCACAUGUUGUGGCUCAUGCACAAUGAUUCUUCUUCUUUGUUUCAGCUCAAUCUGAAAGAAGUUGUUGAUUUCUAUGCUCAAGAUUUUUGAGUUUUUAUUUGGGUCUAGUUGGUUAGCUACAAAAAUAAUUGUUACCGGAUCAAAUAUAGCCAUGUUAAAUUUAGGAGUCUCUGGUUUGUAAAGUUUAUAUUGUUGAAUCUGAUUAUUGAGUAACUGAUUCUAUUGAGA